AGGCAGGCGUCAUGGUGAAGUUUGAGGACCUUCUUGGUGAUAUAAACGGCUUUGGGAGAUUCCAGGUUCUGAUCAUUAUAAUAAGUUUCAUUGGUCGCUUCACUAUGCCCUGCCACUUUAUGCUCAAUAACUUCAUCGGGGCAGUUCCCGCUCACCACUGCGACUACAGCUAUUUGGACCAAAAUGAAAGAUUUAGGAAUUUAACUCCAGUGCAGAAAUUAGCUGUUAGUAUUCCAAUGGGAAAUGAUGGAAAACCAAGUUCUUGUAGGAUGUUUGAAGAGCUUCAGUAUCAUCUGCUGUUAAAUUCUACAAAUAUGAAUUACUCUGGUGUCUCCACUGUGCCUUGUUCUCAAGGAUGGAUUUAUGAUAACACGACCUUCAAGUCUACUCUAACUUCACAGUGGGACCUGGUGUGUGAUAAAAAAGGGAAGAACAAGGCAACAGCUACAAUCUUCUUUAUCGGAGUUAUGUUUGGGGCAAUGACCUUUGGCCUUUUAAGCGACAGGUGUGGAGUGGGUUGAUAUUGAACACAGGAAAUUGGUGGGAGUGAUCGACAGCCUGUCCUGGACAUUUG